UGGGGUGCCAGGCAGAGGCUCUACAAGGAGGCCUGUGUCCGGAAGCCCAGGAUGAGUCAGACUGCGGGAGGCGGCCCAGAGGGCGGGGACCAGGUACAGCUGCCCAGGGGCCUGGCAGGUUUAUAGCAGCAGCUGAGGUGCCGGGCACACUGGAGCCACCAAGUCACGGAGCAGCAUGCUCCCUGCCCUGCUUCUCCUGCCCAGCCUCCUGGGGGCCACCCUGGCCAGCCCCAUCCAGGGCCCCCGGGAGUGCGCUCGGGGCUCAGCAGUGUGGUGUCGGGACCUGCAGGCGGCCGCCCGGUGCGGGGCCGUGGGGCACUGCCGGAGCGCCGUCUGGAGCAAGCCCACCACCAGGACCCUGCCCUGCGAUGUCUGCCUGGACGUGGUGGCUGCUGCCGGCAACGGGCUGAACCCCAACACCACGGACGACGACAUCCUGGCUCUGGUGACAAAGACCUGCGAGUGGCUUCCCAGCCAGGACGCUUCAGCCAAAUGUAAGGAGAUGACGGAUGCCCACAGCUCAGCCAUCCUCGGCAUGCUCGAGGGGGCCCCGGACAGCGCCCCGGCAGAGGUGUGCACCGCGCUCACCCUCUGCCAGCCACUGCAGAGGCUCCCGGCCACCCCGGCCACCCCGGAGUCCCUCUCCCAGGAGGACACAUCUGAGCUGGUGGCCCCGUUCAUGGCCAACGGGCCCCUCAGCUUCCACCUCCCGCAGAUUCCUGAGGAUACUGUGUGCCAGAACUGCGUCCAGCUGGUCACCCGGCUCCAUGAGGAGGUUGGGUCCAAUGUGUCCGCCUUGGCCGAUGCAAUCACGCAGGAGCAGUGUAAGUCCCUGGGGCCGGGCCUGGCUCUCAUCUGCAAGGACUACAUCCUUCAGUACCUCGCUCCUGGGGAGCACAUGCUGAAGCUCGUCCUGCCCGAGGAGACCUGCAAGAAGGGGGGCUUCUGCGAGGAGCUGCCCACUCAGGACUGGGUCCCUGCCCUGGAGCCGCUGUCCCCGGGGAAGAGGAAUGAAAUGCAGAUGAAGGCCGGCCUGACCUGCGAGGUGUGCCUGCAGGUGAUCCAGGAGCUGGACCAGUGGCUGGACUCCAACAGCACCGAGGCCCUGAUCAGCCAUGCCCUGGAGCGCGUGUGCGGGGUGAUGCCCACGUCCAUCGUCCAGCAGUGCGUCGCCAUGGUGGACGCCUACAGCCCUGCCCUGGUGGAGUUCGUGACCAGAGUGCCCCCGGAGAAGGUGUGCAGGGCCGUGCGGCUCUGCAGCAGCCAGCGGCGGUUGGCCCGGGCUCUCCAUGAGGCACGAGCCACCCCCCUGCCUCCCCUGCUGGACAACAGGGACAACCAGGGCAGUUUCUGCAACGGGUGCAAGAGACUGCUGGGCGUGUCCGCCCGCAACCUGGAGCGCAAGAGCACCAAGCGCGGCAUCCUGCAGGCCUUCAAGGGGGGCUGCCGCAUCCUGCCACUGCCCUACAUGAUCCAGUGCAACCGCUUCGUGGACCAGUACGAGCCCGUGCUCAUCGCCACCCUCGCGGAGAUGAUGGACCCCACCGCCCUGUGCGCCAGGGUGGGUGCCUGUCACGCCCCCAGGGCCCCGCUGCUGGGCAGCGACCAGUGCGUCAUGGGCCCCAGCUUCUGGUGCCAGAGCCAGGAGGCGGCCGAGAUGUGCGACGCCGUGAAGCACUGCCAGCUCCACAUCUGGAAGAUGGCACCCUUCCACGCUGCGGAGAGCGAGUGCCCGCAACCCAGCACCUGCUAGUGUCCCCGGAAGGCCCUGAUCUCCCUGAGCCCCACAGGGACCCUCCGAGGUGGGUGCUGUCCCCAUUCCCAUUUCACAGAUGAGAACUGAGGCUCUGGGCGGGGAGGCGGAGGAGCAGGGAUGAAACUCUGAUCCCCACCCUAACAACGUGCCUCCUGGCUUUGCCCUGUGAGUGCCUCCCCUGGACUGGAACCAGCUGCCAGGUACAGCCCCCGCCCCAGCCAACCGCCCCUCAGCCUCAACACGGUGAUGGGCUGACGGGCGGGGGCCUGGCCUGGCCUUUGAUGCCCCUUCUGCUCGAUUCUGAUGAGCUCCCAGCUAAGAGCCAGGCCAGAGUCCUGGCCGGGGUGAGAGGAGGCAGGGGCAGGGGGCGGGGGA